AUGGAUCUGGGGAAAACAUCUAUCAACAUGGCUACAGUGAAAUGCAUUGGUACAUUAAUAAUUACACUUACUAUUUUUGUUGAAGUUUAUGCAGCAAAUACAAAUGGUACUGCUCCUUUAGCAAAGGAGGUUAUCGUAGUAGGUGGAGGAAUAGCAGGAAUGGCUGCUGCUAGAAGACUUCUUCAGGAUAAGUCUUACACUGUGCGUGUGUUUGAGGCUAGGAAGGACAGGUAUGGAGGGAGAAUCUGGACAGAUAGAUCUUUGGGGAAAACUCUGAAGGGUGUGGAUGUGGAGAUGGGAGCCAUGUUUCUCAACACAAGGGCUAAGAAUAAUCCUCUCAUUGGGUUGGCAAAAAAGUUUGAACUUAAUACUGUGAACUCUGGAUCAGUUCAGAUAAGAUAUUACAAUGACAAAGUGGGACUGAAACUGUUCUCUGGAGAAAAUGCAACAGGCUUGCUAGCUGAAGCCUUUGGUAUUAUGAGCAAGGCAAUAAAAAAUGCUAAAUCAUCAUCUGACAGUUCUGUAAUACAAGUUACUACAAAAGAGCUUCAGUCUUGGAUGGAGAAUAAUGCAGAUGUUAAAGACAAACAAGGAUUUGAUCGAAAUCUGUUAGGACCUAUUCUUAAUUCUUUUCCUGCAAUGACAGUCCACAACUUCUCAUCAAAACUGUAUGACAUGAACAUAGAUUUGGGUUGGGACAGUAUCUUAGUUGAUGGCGUAGGUGCUCUGUUGGAUAGAAUUGUAAGUGGUAGCUCAGGUACAGAGCUCCCAGUGAAAGUAGAGCUUGGUAAGGUGCUUAGAAACAUAAAGGUUGACAAUAAAAAGAAGAAAGUUUUAGUGCGGACAGCUGAUAGAAAACAGGUCAGUGCAGAUGCUGUUGUCUUUGCUUUACCACUUGGAGUACUAAAGACUGAUGAAGUCUGGUUUGAACCUAGACUACCAGAGAACAAGUACCAGGCAAUACGUGAUAUUGGUCUAGGUUAUUCAGGAAAGAUAAUUAUUGGUUUUGAUGAACCUUUCUGGCCCAAAGAUGUUGGUAGUUUUAUUGCAUGUUCUGAAACUGCCAGAAAUGGUUUUCUUCAGUCAUGGUUUAAUGCAUAUAGAAUCAGUGGAAAUCCAAUUCUCCAUGGUAAUAUAUUUGGAGACCAAGCAAGAACGUGGGAAAUUAAAUCUGAGAAUGAGCUGAAAAAGAUGGUUUUAAAGAUACUUGGAGAAAUGUUUGGCAGUGAUGUUGUGAAUGCUAGAAAGAUAACAGUGUUCCAAUAUUCAUCUUGGUCAUCUGACGAGUAUAUACAAGGGUCUAUAUCGUACCCCAAAGUAGGAAACAGCAAGAAUAUGUGGAAGACAUUACAGGAGCCAGUUUGCCCAUAUAUAUUCUUUGCUGGUGUUUACACAGAGGAUGACAGCCAUAUUGACUCUCUGCAUGGGGCGUAUAACUCGGGAAUACGGGCAGCAGAGCAGAUCCUGGGUAAUUAUUGUAACGUGAAACCCUCAUCAGGUACAAAUGCGGGACAAAAAGCUAAAAGGAAAUUAGCUCCCGGAAAGGAGGAGCUUUGAGUGAGGAAAAUUAAUUUCGAGACUUAUUGAUAUGUCUGUAGUGAAUGUUCUGCUUAAAUUUGCCUUUCAAGGACUAAUCCAUGAUACCUAUUGUUUUUCAGACCUUUUUUCAACCUUUUAUGUUCUCUCUGCAAAACACUCUUUCAAAGAAUACUGGACUGAGGGAGAGAGAACUUUCAGAGAACAAUGUCUGGCUUUUUUAUACACAGAGUUAUUGAUAAUAUCUGCAGCAAGUUUUGAUUCGUUUCUGAUGAAACUGUCCUGAAUGAUGAGCACUUUUAUCUGUUUUGAUGGACAUUUGUGAUUAUUUACUGAUCAACAUCAUGAAUAACUAGAUUGCUUAAUAAAACAAAGUUGUGUGCUGAUUGUGGUGAAAUCUCAUCCAUUGUCACAAUAAAUCACUAAAAUGAUCAAAUUUCUUGUCUAGAGAAAUGACUUAUUUUGGGAUGUUUUAUGUUUGAGGUUUUGGUUAAAUUUGUUGAUAAUGUUUUAUUAUUAUCACUUGCCAUUUAUGCAUUCCAUAUUUUAGAACUGAACAUGUUGAUUUGCAUCUAGAAUAUUUUCAAACAUUUUAGGGAGAAGUGGGUCUGUUAGGAGCUUGAGAAUUUUCUUUAUAACAUAUAUUUACAUUAAACAAAGGCGCACUUUACAUAUUAUGAGUCACUUAAUGUUGGACCUAUUGAAUUCAUGAUUUAUAUGAUCUGAAAUAAUUGUCUGUCACAUUUGAGGUGUUCGUUGAAUGAAUCUGUUUGUUUUCUCUUUCAAGAUUUUUAAUCAUUAUGUACAAUAAUAUACAAUUAUUCACAUUAUGAGGUGUUUAUUGAAGGAAUCGGUUUUUUUCUUUUUUGGGUUGAUCAUUAUGUACAAUAAUAUAAUUAUGAUCACAUUCAUGCUGUUUGUUAAAAUUCAAGUUAAUACACAAAAUCAUGCAUUUUGAUGAAUUAUGCAGAUUUUUAGACAUGUAUACUUAAUUCAACAUAUCUAUAUUUUAUGCAUUGAUCAAUAAUUAAUUAUUCAAAUAAAUUCAUA